ACUUUGUUCUCCCUCAUUUAUUCAAGAGUUUUUCCAUUAUUUUUGGCCUGUUACCUGAGUGCUCUGUUCUCUCCUCUCCCUGGCUGUAGGUAUCUGAUGUAUACCCUGGACCAGUAUGUAGAGAGUGACUAUACGGUAGUGUACUUCCACCAUGGUCUCCGCAGCUGCAACAAGCCCUCGCUACACUGGCUACGAAAUGCCUACAGAGAAUUUGACAGGAAGUACAAGAAGAACCUGAAAGCCCUCUAUGUCGUCCAUCCUACUAACUUUAUCAGAAUCAUCUGGAAUAUAUUCCAACCACUCAUCAGUCACAAGUUUGGUAAGAAGCUGACCUAUGUAAACUACCUGUCUGAGCUCAGAGAUCACCUGAGCUGGGAUCAGCUCAUCAUCCCACCUGAUGUCCUCAGGCAUGACGAGAGGCUGCAGGCGGCCCAGAAGGGAGGUCUACACCCCUCAUCUAAGACUCCUCCCAGACCUCCUCUGCCCACUCAGCAGUUUGGAGUCAGCCUGCAAUAUAUUGCUGCGAAGAACCAGGGAGUUAUGAUCCCUCCUGUGAUGUCCCAGACUGUGGCUUAUCUCAAAGACAAUGGCCUCCAGACAGAAGGUAUCUUCAGGAGGUCCGCUCGUGUUCAGCUCAUCAAGGACGUCCAGAAGCUCUACAACCAGGGGAAGCCAGUGAUGUUCGAGCAGUACGGAGACAUCCACGUGCCUGCUGUCAUCCUGAAGACCUUCCUCAGAGAGCUUCCUGAACCUCUGCUCACCUUCCCCCUCUACCACCAGAUACAGGACAUAGUCCGAGUGGAGAGCAGUCUACGAGUGACCACCUGUAAACACAUCCUAGAGAGACUACCAGAACCCAACUACAUGGUGUUGAAGUACCUGCUCUGCUUCCUGAACAUGGUCUCUCAGCAGAGUAUCAUCAACAAGAUGUCUCCCUCCAACCUGGCUUGUGUGUUUGGUGUCAAUCUGUCCUGGCCUUCUCAGGGCUCUGUCUCUCUGACAUCUCUAACACCGCUCAACAUCUUCACUGAGAUCCUUAUAGAACAUUACCAUACAGUCUUCAGCUCCCGCUGCCCACAAGCAGAGGUACUGCCCUGAUACCAUCCCCGAUACCACCUGAUACCAUCCCCGGUACCACCUGAUACCAGCCCCGGUACCACCUGAUACCAGCCCUGGUACCACCUGAUACCAGCCCCGGUACCACCUGAUACCAGCCCCGGUACCACCUGAUACCAGCCCCGGUAC